AUGGUAAGGAGAUUAAGUGGUUUGCAGAGAGAGGUGCUACACCUAUACCGGCGCAGCAUUAGGGUAGCGUACAACAAGUCUUCAGAUAGUCGGCCACAUUUUGUUAGUUUUAUUAGAAAGGAGUUUGCAAAGUAUAGAGAUGUGCCUAAGAAGGACUUCAAUACGAUUGAGUAUCUGAUAAGGAUUGGGCAUAAGAAAGUAGAUACGUAUUCCUCUCCCGAGUUGAAGGAUAUUCAUUGA